UUGCCCGUACUCACGAGGUAAUUGGUUAGGUCAGUUUGAUAAUAAAUGUGUGUAGUGUGAAAUAUUUGUUCAGUUUCAUGAUGGCAUUAAAUUAAAAUCACAUAAAGAAUAGUCUGCAAUGCUCUGGCAUGAACGGAACCUACUAUGUGAAAUGACCCCCAAUCACAAAUCGUGAAUUAUUUAUCAGGAUAUUGUGUGAAUAGUGAACAUUUUUAUUAUUGAAGUGUUUGAUUCAUUUUUUUUUUCAUUAUCGUAGUUGAGGUUUUGGGACACUACUAUGUUUUGCAAAAGUAAAUAUUCAGCUGAUUAUCAAAAAAUACAGUGGGAGGAUUGUCAGUUAAGAGAAUAGCCAGCUGUCAUGUUGGUAAAUGAUUGACGUCCUCAAAAUCCCCGCCUCUCUUACAUUUAAAAAAAAAUCUUUCUUUACUAUAUUUUUGUUUCAUGUUUUUUAUGGUCUUGUUAAUCGGAAUAAAAAUUAUAAAAGAGAAGAAAAUCAACAAAACGCGUGUAUGUUCUUUUAAACUUAAAUUACAACAUUUUUAUCUAAGAAUAGUUUCCCCUAAAUUACAUAUCAAAGCUUUUUUCGUUCGCCGUACGUAAAAUUGGGUAAAAAUCGUAUCGAGAACGGCAAGGUAACGGUGAAGAGAGUACGCGAGGAAAAGGGGGCGAACGACUGCGCGCGUGAUCAUGAAUGGAGAGCUGCGCGCGCAGUGCGCAGUGCCGUCUUUCGUUGGCUGAGUCUCGCGGGGCCAAAGUGUAACCCUGCCGGCCCGUGUUCUGUUUACAUUCAUACGAUGUGGGUUAUACGGUGAUUGCUUCCCGUACAGUCAAUUGUAGACAACGAGCUUUGUUCAAGAUUAGCGAACAACCUGGAGUUAGCUAAUAAAUAAUUCACUGUUUUUUUUUUCCUUCUAUGGACAGUGUUGAUUUCUAUCGGAUUCCAUGCUUUGCGUUAGUUAUUCAGCUGAAACUAUUGACACAGUUUUAACUUGAUAUUUCCACAACUUAAUGUUGUGUAGCUUUAAAUUAACACUUGAUGCCUCUCAUAUUUUGGAACUUAAAUUAGUAUUGCGCACUUUGAAUGACUUAGCAAACAACGAAAUAUUUAAACUGGAUAUUAACAUUACAAAAAGGACUACAUUCGCUGUACAAAUUUGGACUAUAAAAGUGGCAGAAAUUGGACUAAAGUAGCUGCCGAAAUUGGACUACAGUAGGGCCAGAAUUUGGACUAAAGUUGUCGAAGAUUAUUUUAUAAGAUUUGGAGAGUCAGCCAAAGUAAAAAGACUGGCUUCCAAGGCAUUUUAUGGUUCCAAACUUUUGGAGGCCUUCUAUCCUACGGAUAUCUGCAGCAUGAUUACCUAUUUCCGGGAGUGUGCGAUGCCGGAUAGUCCUGAUAUCAAACCGACUCCCCCAGCAACACUCUCUCCCAAAACGGGUAACAUGACAGGGUUGCCACCUGCGACAAGACCACUCUCUUCAAACAGCAGUAUAUCUGGUGUCAAUGGCAGUCACUCUCCACACAGCACAAUGAAUGGUCGCACUCCUUCCCCCCCUCUGAUCGGCUCUCUCAUGAACUCAUCCAGUGGCCAGCAACUGCCCCCUGCCUGUGGUGCCAGACAGCUCAGCAAACUCAAACGGUUCUUAACGACGCUCCAACAGUUUGGCUCGGAUAUAUCCCCUGAGAUUGGAGAAAGGGUUCGAACCCUUGUCUUAGGUCUAGUGAACUCUCACCUUUCCAUUGAAGAGUUCCACGCCAAACUUCAAGAAGCCACUAACUUUCCACUUCGACCAUUUGUCAUUCCAUUCCUUAAGGCCAACCUUCCCUUGCUGCAGAGGGAACUUGUUCACUGUGCUCGUAUGGCCAAGCAGACACCACAGCAGUUUCUUACACAGAAUGAGCACAUUGUGUUUGACCCGACACACUCUCCCCUGGACACCCAGGACUCCGUCAUGUCUGAGAUCAAUGAAAAUGGGAAAAGAUGUUCUCCUGAUAAGUCUAAAGAGAAUGGUCUAGACCUGCAUCUUGACUCACCACAUCCAGCCAAAAGGCACCAUGGUAGCCAUCAGAUCAGCCCAGUGUCCAGCAGUCGUGUUAGUCCUGGUUCAACCUUUAACCUCUCCACUGGACCAAUCAGGCUAGAGGACAUCAGCAAAUCUCGAGAGAUGAGAGAAAGGAUGGAGAGAGAGCAGUUGGAGAGAGAGAGAACUGAAAGGGAGAGAGAUCGUCAUUUCACCAGUUACAGUUUCAGAUCUUCAGAUUCUUUGGAUCACAUGGAGAGAUUAGAUGAUGAUUGGAGACACGUUGAAACAAUGUUAAACUGCAUUAUUGGGAUGGUGGAUAAAACUAAAAGAGCGCUCUCUGUUUUACAAGAGAGAAGUGUCCGAGAUAGGGAGGAGCUCUCUCUCUGGGCUCGCAGGCAGGCUGAUGGGAUUGAUGCAGACGUCAAGAAACGCUCAGGCGACGUGAUGGCUUUUACUCUUCGCCAGACAGAAGAACGUGUCAGUGAAGUUAGACGACGCGCAGAAGAAGCUGUCAAUGAUGUCAAGAGACAGGCCAUGCUUGAGCUACAGAAAGCUGUGUCAGCGGCAGAUCAAAAGGCCGCUGACCUCGUGGCCGCUGAAAGGCUGAAGAUGGAGAGAGCUAUAAAUGAAGCCAGGAAGCAGACACAUUCAGACCUUCUUCUCACACUAAGUCAUCAAGAGGAAUCAGCAGAGAGUUGCUGGAAUUGUGGUCGUAAGGCAAGCGAAACCUGCAGUGGUUGUAACGUGGCCAGAUACUGUGGAUCAUUUUGUCAGCACAAGGAUUGGGAAAAUCACCAUCAUGUCUGCGGCAAAGCCCACAUCACUUCAGUCGCUGAAGCCAGAGAACUGAGGAGGGCAGCGCUAGCCUCAGCUGCAGCGGCAGCCGCCAGCAUCAACGCACCAUCCUCAUCAGCCACAGCCGGCAAGGACCUGGCACCCUCGUCCAAGGGCUUGUCUGCCGAUGCAGCGAACAUCACCUGCGUUUCCCCGACACCGUCUGUGGUUCCAAGCUUAUCCACCAAGGAAAGCUCAAAACCGACAGCCACCUCCACUGGCAUUGUCUCCCCAUCAUCCCCAUCUCACAAAUCUUCCAGCCCAACAAACUCCAACCCUGGCACGCCAGAUCAGGACAAUGAAGCCACAGUCGUAUCCUCCGAGAGCUCAGCUUAAAGGUGCAUUCAAAUGGACAUCUAAACUCUUAAGUCAAAUCUCAACCUUGGCUUUGUAAUGCCAAAUUGGACAGCACACAAUGGAGAUUUCUCAUUACCAUAUCAUGUGGGGGUUUUAUCUGGCUACAUAUCGUUCAAGAAAUCUACCAAAAAAUUUUUUUUAGGUUGAAUACAGAUUUAUCAUCCUAGUCCAUAUAGACAAAACUUUGUCAAUUAAUCAAGUUGGAAAAAAAAUAUAUAAACAACACAGCUUUGAUGAAAAAGCAUCAAAAAUCGAAUAAGAGAACCAAUUUUACAAUCCUGUUUUGAAAGUCCUAUCAAAUAUAUACAUAUCUGGUUUUACCAUAUCCAUACAUUGGGUACAUAUGUUUUGGCUUGUCAUUUUAAAGUUAAAAUCUGUCCAGGCCAGAUUGAAAUAAUUUGAACUAAAAUAACUGAGGAUAAAUUGCUAUCACAGUUUACAUACCUGGUAAUAUUUAUCACAAAAGCUGUCAUUUUUGGGAGCUGUUAAGAUAUUGCCAUACGGACAGAAAAAUAGCCAACUGGCUGCAAAAUAAGAUUUGAAUAAGUUUAGUAGUCUUGUAUUUCAGUUGGUAAUGAUUUUUGUGACUGUUUUUAUGAUUGAUAAAGUGUUAAGUAUUCACUAUGUGUGCUUCAGUGAUUACAUGAUAUAUUUACGUAAAUUUAAUCCUAAAAAAAUGUAUAUUUUGUCAAACAAACAUGACAGUGGAUGAACUAUUUUGGGAUACCCAAAUAGAUUUAAUUCAUGAUACAGGGCAUUUCUAUGUUUUUCAGUUUGCUUUUUUUUUUAGUAAUUUUUCCCAGUGACUUUUUAAUAAUGGUAAAGGGUAACUAGAAAAAGAUGGCCAAACUUAUUUUUCGCUGGCCACUUUUUGGACAGAUAUUGGGUGUUUCACUUUUACAUUGUGUUGCCACCUUUUCUUUUUUUUUUUUUAAACUAGUCACUCUUUCAGAUACUCUAUUUAAUUCUCUUGAAACUUGUGUGGGUCUAAAUUUGAUUUUUAAAUAUUUCAUUGUACUGUAGCAAUAGUGUCAGAUUAUAUUUUUUAACUAAUCUCAGGCUUGAUGCUAAUUUUUAUCUUUAAUUAGCCAAGAUAUUAUACCAUUGAUUCCCUGUUUAAUAACUUUAAUUGACCACGCUCUGGUUUCUACUAUAAAAAAAAUGGGUCAAUCCUUUUAAUUUUAUCAAUUUGGGAACUUAAUAUUAGAUUAUUUAAAAAAUUUUAAGUAGAUAUUUAAAAAUAAUUUAUCUGUUUUCAUGUUCAAUUUUUCAGAAAUUUUCUUAAAAUAAUCAAGUUUAUUGUGGGUAUAAUAUUUGUUAUCAGGUACAUUUUGUAUGGUCUGCCAAAGAUAUCAGGCAGAUUGUGUUAAUAGAUCUCAUCUUGUAUCGUCAAUUAUACCAUUUGUACUAUUAUACCAAUGUAGCAUUUUCCUUGUACCAAAAGUCUGGCAGACGCCACUAAUACAAGCAUAGACUGAAUGAUGCCAGCACAAUCAUUUUAUUUUACUGUAUACAUUGGACUGUCUGAACCUACACUGUAUACAUUGGACUGUCUAAACCUAGACUGUAUACAUUGGACUGUCUGAACCUACACUGUAUACAUUGGACUGUCUAAACCUAGACUGUAUACAUUGGACUGUCUGAACCUACACUGUAUACAUUGGACUGUCUGAACCUACACUGUAUACAUUGGACUGUCUAAACCUACACUGUAUACAUUGGACUGUCUAAACAUACACUGUAUACAUCGGACUGUCUAAACCUACACUGUAUACAUAGUCUAAACCUACACUGUAUACUACUGGCUCAAAGCCAUGCUGACUAGGGGCUCUGUACAUUGCAAUGAUCCAUUAGUGAAACCUUUUUUGCGAUACCUGUUGAAUUUAUUUUUAUGUAGGCUUACUUAUUGCAAAUUUAAGCGCUCACAAAAAUAUUUUUAAAACUGUUUUUAGUCCUAUUUUUUAUUUUAAAGCAAAUUUUAUUCACAUACAAAUAAAAAAUUUAAAAAUUGUAUGUUUGCAAAUGUAUUUUUAUUUAUUUUGAAGCAAAUUUUAGGCACCUUACAAAAUUAUUUAAAAUAGCUUUAUUGUGCUAAUAAUAAAAUAUAAGAAAUUGGUAAUAAAUUACUACAAUGGAUCUUUACAUUGAUAUGAGCCCUGCCUGUGUUUCAUACCUCCUCAUCAAAAUAAGCUAGCACAAUGUGAUAUUUAUUGCUUUAUUUGACGCAUGUCUUCUGCAGCAUAUUAUUUUACACACUAUUUGAUUUGCACCACAUCAACCCCCUCUUCAUUGGUUUCUGAGUUAGAUUAAAAAGUAUGGCGUAGUGGGUAAAAAAAACUAGAAACCUCUAGCGGGUUAAGUAUAGUUGUUUCUCUGAAACAAGAAAUUGUUUUUAAAUAAUAUUGAAUUCAAAACCAAAUAUGGGUACCCUAUGAAUCUCAUUAAAAAUUUAACCUACACAAUGUGCAUUUAUCAAUAUAAUUAGCAUAUUAAUAAGCACAAAUUAAUGUUACUGUAAUGUAUUUUUUAAAUUGAAUAGAAUGCUUGUUGGUGAAUUAUUAUCCUUAAGACAGUGAGUGUAUGAAAUAUUUAAAUUAAUAUAUUUUAUUAUAUGUUUGUCUCAAAUUGAAGGCAUUUACCAUGUGUAUGUGUGAAUAUAUGUUUACAUAUAUACAUACACAUGCAUUCAAUUGCUGCAUUUAAAAAAAAUUGCUUUAAAAAAUGCUAUCCAAAGAUCAGAUAAUGUUUUUUUUUUCAUUACAUGAUGCAGAUUAACAAGUUUUAAUUGUAAUUACUGUGUGGUGUAGAAAUAUUGCAUUGUUUUAGAAGUGUGCUCUAGGCGGGACGGGAAUUCCAUGAUGUGGAAUCUCACAGGGGAUGUCCUGGGAAUUCCCAGACUGUCUACUGCACUUUGCUGGUAACACUUGGUGCCAUUUACAUACUGUCCAUAUCGGCAUAAUGUGAUUUUAAUGACUGUCUCACUGUUGUUUGGUUUCAGUUUACUUUUUAUUCUCUCAAAGUGACAAAUAAAAUACUCAUGAUUUCAA